AUGGCACAUCCCAGCAACAAUGUCGUGCCCAUGCUCCAGGACAUCGAGAUGGACAACUCAACUUUCACAUUCAGCAGCAACAGCAAGCUAGAUCUCAUGCCUAUCGAGACUUGGGAGAAGGAGAAUCCAUACACGCCCCCGCCUGCAAAGCCGAUGUCUCCUCCUCAGCCGACUCGCAAUAUAGUCCCGGUAAGGCUCGAUCGCAACCAUGGCAAGGAUACUCAGAUCUUCAACACGGAGUGCCAAAGACGAGGCUUGAGCCACGAAUUCAGGUUCGAAGAAGUCGCUAAGGGCUGCUUCGACGUCACCUUGUUCGUGGAAGGCCAGCAGUUCGACAAAGCUGGUCCUUAUGCUUCUCAGCGAGACGCCAAGGAAGCCAUGUGCAGGCUUGCUCUGGGGAAGUUGUCCGAGAUGGGGUUCAAGAACGUAGGAGAGACCGGUGGUCGCAAGAAGCGUAAGAGCUCUGACCUUGAGAGCGCCACAGCAUCGAUACCGGUCGGUAUCGAGGACGAGAAUUGGUUGCACAUCAUCAACUCCUACGCUCAGCAGCACAAAAUGGAUUACCCCGACUACAUCGUCGAAGAAAGCGAGCCGCAAUCAUUCAAAUGCGCACUAUCCUUUAUCGACAGUCCAACACCCUCAUUCGGAUCAUCCUACGGCCCCUUCAAGCGCAAAGACACAGCCAAGAAGGCAGCCGCCAUGGAAGCAGUAAAAUGGCUCCGCGCCCAAGGCAAACUGUCCGAACUCCCCACCAAGAGGCGAAAGUCCUCCGCACAACAACAACCGCCCGACCCAGACGCCAUGACCGACGGCGACGCCCCCGAGAAGCAACCAGCCGGAGAAUCCGCCGCGCAGCAAGUCUUCGAUCUCGCCCGGAAGUUGGGCUUCUCGCAGCCCAAGUUCGACACCGUCCGCGGAGAUGGGCAUUUCGUGGACGAGUCUGCUACGUUCGCUGAGAAGGAUAUCCGGUACGAGCCUAGGCUUGCGGGGGUUCAUGGCCAGGUGCAGAGGUUGUUUGGGAAGAAGGCCGCGCAUGAGGAGUGCUGCCGUCUUGUUCUGCAGUUUCUUAAGGAGAUUCAGCGGUCGAGGAUGGGGUGA